AUGUUGCCUUACUCAAGUUCCUUCUUUCUUUGCCUUCUCUUCUUUUCUGUAACAUUUUCUCAUGUUUUUGGGGAUAAAAUAUUUACUGGAACAUAUGGAGUAAACUAUGGUAGGAUUGCAGACAAUCUACCUUCUCCUCAUAGCGUGGUUACCCUUCUCAAAGCUGCCAAGAUUAGGAACAUCAGAAUAUAUGAUGCUGAUCAUCAAGUCCUGAGUGCCUUCAAAGGGUCAGGGAUUGCAAUUGUUAUAGGGCUACCGAAUGAGUUUCUGAGAGACAUAAGUUUGGGGGAGGAUCGUGCCAUGAAUUGGAUCAAAGAAAAUGUUCAGCCAUUUCUUCCAGGAACCAGAAUUCGUGGCAUUGCUGUGGGGAAUGAAAUAUUAGGAGGAGGAGAUAUGGGGCUGUGGGAAGUGUUGCUGCCAGCAGCUAAAAAUGUGUACACUGCACUAGAUAGGCUCAAUUUGGCACAUCAAAUUCAGGUGUCAAGUCCACAUUCUGAGGCUGUGUUUGCAAAUUCCUACCCUCCAUCUGCAUGCACUUUUAGGGACGAUGUGCUCCCUUUCAUGAAGCCCCUCUUGCAAUUCUUCUCACAAAUUGGCACUCCCUUCUACAUAAAUGCAUACCCCUUCUUGGCCUAUAAGAAUGACCCCGAACACAUUGACAUAAACUAUGCUCUCUUCAAGAAAAAUCCAGGGAUUUAUGAUGCCAAGACUAAACUGCACUAUGACAACAUGUUUAUGGCCCAAAUUGAUGCAGCUUAUGCAGCCUUGGAGAAAGUUGGGUUUGACAAGAUGGAGGUCAUUGUCUCUGAGACUGGUUGGGCCUCUCGUGGGGAUCAGAACGAACCUGGUGCAACACUGAAAAAUGCAAAGACUUACAAUAAAAACUUGAAAAAGCUAUUGUUCAAGAAAAAGGGUACCCCUUAUAGGCCUAAGAUGGUUGUGAGGGCUUAUAUUUUUGCCUUGUUUAACGAAAAUUUGAAGCCUGGCCCAACAUCUGAGAGAAACUUUGGAUUGUUCAAACCAGAUGGAAGCAUUGCAUAUGAUAUAGGCUUCACUGGACUUGUUCCUUCCUCAGCAACCUCCUCUUUUCUUUCCUUCAAGGGUAUUGGAUCUUUAUAUGUAAUGGUUUCUACAAGUUGUGCUGCUUUUCUUCUUCUUGUAGCAUUAUAA